AUGACAUUCUCGGUCUCUAUCACUUUCCUGUUGCUGAUUUGUUUAUUGAGCUGCUUCGCCUCCCGUGGUUCCGGCUUGAGUUAUCAAGACUUUCGCAAUAUACAAAUUCGCCUAGAAGAAUACACGGUUGCAUUAUUGGAAGUCAAAGCAAAACAACUUGAGGUUUACGAAAUGCGCGCUGUUAACAACGAAACGAAUGUGUUAGAAAAGCUGCUAAACGAAAGCCACAGACUGGAUCGUUUAUACGCACUGAAAUGGAUUAAUGAACUAAUGUCCUCACCUGUUUUCCAGGCGAACGAGGUGAUUGACAAAGACACUAAGAUACAAUAUGCAAAUGAGUACGAAGUGAAGAAACUUCUGAAUAAGUCUACUCCUCUGGACACAGGAAGUGAAGCGCUUUUGCAGAAAAUCAAAGAGAAAUGGGAAGCCAGAGCGAGAUUGUAUGCUGCUGAAAAUGCUUACCUGUCUAGAUCAUCGACAAAGUGUUUGAAGAAAGAGGACAAUACACCAGUGAAAGAGAACUUGGUGAUUGGAGAGAAACGAAUUCGAGAACUGAAAAAGGCUGCCAAAAUGAGGCUUUUCGAAGCAGCUGAAACAUACAAGAAAUUCACAUUAAAUCUGAAUGAUACACAAUUCGAUUCAUUACGAAAUAAUUUCCUAUGGACUCCACCGAUUUUCAUUGCUAGCAUAGAUGCACUUUUCGAAAAAACAGAAGAGGUGGAGAAUCAACGACUUCAUUAUUUACUAUGCUUUCGUUCUUGGUCCAACAAUACACCGGAAAUGAGUCAUCAUUACAACAACAACUGA